GAUUCAGGAGCGCCACGCGGCCACUGCACGCUAGAGGCAUUAUCAGAAGCAUACAUGCGUUUCACGAGUCUCAAAUUAGAGGCUUAAAUCAACAAAAAUCAAAAAUAUAGUCUACCUUCAAAGGCAGUGUGUAAGGACGGGAGUACAACCUGGCGUGCACCGAGACUUGUGCUGGGCUCGAGGCAAGCUAGCUCACAGCUGUACAUAACAUAGCGCCACCCCGACUAGUCGCCUUACGACCAACCACACGCGACAGGAGCGGGCAGAUAUAGAUGAGAGGGGUAAAGCGGGAGCCGGAAGAUGAGCUCGCAGCGGAAUGGCGGUCAGGCGGGGCUCACGAGGACGCGGGCGCGCCGCUGACAGCUUCUGAAGGCGCCGGGGGUCCUCAAUCUGACGGCUAUGGUGCAGAUUACGAUGACGAGGACGAGGAGAAUGACUAUGGGGAGGAGGAGGAGGAGGGGGGGGAGGAGGAGGAGGAAGAGGGGGAGGACGCGCACGGCGGUCAAGGGGCAACGGAGGAUGGUGAGGGCGAAGAUCUGGAUGAGUUGAUUAUGGAGGACGAGGAAGAGCUGGCAAUAGGGCAGGAGGAGGGCGGGAACGAUGGGGAGGAGGGCGCGGCGGGCCUCGAGUCGGGCGAGUUGGCUGGCAGCUACCAGCAGCUCGGUGGCAGUGACACAGCAGAGAGCGAUGGCGAGGAUGGAGGAGCCGGCAACGGCGGGGAUGCGGCCGGCAGCGGCGGCAGAACUCGCCGGCGGCGGCCGCUGCGGCGCGGCGGUGUGGCUGAGCGGCAGCCGUUGGUCCACCACUGCUUCUACUGCGGAGCACAGGGCUCACUGACUGAGCUGACGGGAUGCGGGGCGUGCAACGUGCUCACUUUCAGCCCUUGCUGCAACAAGCGCGCGCACAUGUCGUGUGCGGCCAAGCUGCCCGGCGUGCUGCUGCCCGGCUUUGAGGCGCUGGGGCUGUGGUUCUGUGGCAAGUCGCGCAAAGGCUACCCGCCGCAUACCGCCCGGCAGUAUCUGGAUGCAGUGCACGGCCCCUCCAACACCGCCGGGCAGCUGCGGGCGUACCUGGCCGGCAGGGCAGCGCUGCAGGCGCAGGUGGAAGUGGCGCCGGACGGGGAGUUCUUCCAGCCAGGCAGGCGUAUCGCCAGACUGGCGCGGGGGCUGGUGCCCGCAUUGCCCGGCACUGAAGGCGGCCGGCAGUACGUGUUUGCAGGCAUGCUACCGGCGGCUGCCCGGUCGGCGGCAGCUCCGGGUGCGGCAGGCCCAUCAGGAGCCGCUGGCGGCACGGCUGGUGGCGCUGCGGCCGCCGUGUCGCCGCUGAAGCGCGCGCAAAGCGGCGUUGGAGGCGAUGGCCACGGGUACGCUGCAGAGCAGCAGUUGGCCCCGGGCAUUGCGUCGCCGGCGAAGCGGCCCCGGCGCCGCGCCGCUGCGGCCGCGGUCGCGGGCAUCCAAGCGGAUGUCCGGGCGGACAUGCAGCCGGAAGCCGCCAAGGCAGAUCCGCGUGAGGUGCUGCCGGCGCGGCCAAGCCCCGGCGGCACCUGCACUGCAGAUGCGCGAAGGCAGCAGCGCCCUCUGUCCGCUUCACCGCCGCCACCGCCGCCAGCUCAAGCACAGCAGCAGCUGCAGCAGCCGACACCCCACCGGCAAUUUGCGUUUGCGCCAGCUACCUGCAACGGGGCAGGUGCCGGCGUUCCCGCUGAGCUGCACCUCCGGUCACAGACGCUGGCCGCUCUGGCCCACGGUGCCGGGUACGACAGCCCACAAUCGCGCGUCGUGGCUCUCGGGUCUGGACAACGCGUGGCAAGUCACGCGUGCACGGGGCCAGCCGCAGGCUCCGAUGCUAGUGCUCCGCAACAUUGGUCACCGGUAGAGCCACAGGUGCCUGCAGCAGCAGGCACGGCUGGCGCCGGGACGGCUGCUGCUGCGGCUGCGGCUGGUGCGGCGGCGGAGCUGGCAGCACUGAGGGCGCAGCUGGCGGAUAUGCAGCAGCGCCUGGCGGACAUGGAGCGGGCGCUCUCAGAGGAGCAGACCAGACGCAUUCGGGCCGAGGUGCGGGCGGAGGGGCUGGAGGAGCAACGGCAGCGGUAUGAGCAGGAGGCGCGUGAUGAGCGUGAGCGGGCGAUGGAGGCGCGUGUGGCUGAGGCUGUGAUGAAGAGGCAGCUGGCGGAGCUCGAGAAGAAGAUGAAGGGCUGAGCAGGGGCACCGAGGGGUCGGCCUGCGGAGGCCCAUUAGCAUUGCGGCGCUUUGGGAGGACAAGAAGUCAGGCCCAGUGACAAGAAAGGAGCAGCCAGGAGGCCACCGAAGCCACAGGCCCACAGGCAGGGGAGGGCCCGUUGGUAACAGGCUCUAUGACUCAACCUUACGCAAGAGCCGCAACUUGUUCCUCUCAUCUUGACAGGAAAGGUGGCUCUCCCUCUCACUCUCACGGGGAAAAGUGGGCUGUGCUGCCAUGCCACGUUGGUGCAAUGUCUGAGGCCAAAAGUUUGAAACUACCUCAUCUCUAUCCCCCGUGUUGGUUUGUAGUAUUGUCGCUCUCAGCGACCCAGCGGCUCCGCACGCAACCCAAACAGUGAUGGAUCCCACCAUACACCGUGCCGCCCCAUACAUGCCAAGCUCGCCAGCAACAAGGAGGUGGCUGCCUUAUGGCAGGAAAAGGGCUGAUCCCGGGUCGUUAUCAACCCAGCCACCUUGACGCGGGCGCCUACUAAGCACACGCCUCUAUGUUGGGGGCCUUUGGCAUCCCCGCAAAUCCGG